AUGGAGACUAGUACAGCGCAAAUUAGUGAUGAGAAUAAUACACCAGGUUUCCUAAUUAUGGACACCUUUGAAGAAGAAUCUCAGAGAAUUGUUUUGGCACAGAUAUGCUUAUUUAUGGUUAAAUUAGAUAAGAAUAAUUAUGAACAAUUUAAACUUAAGAUCGAUUACUUGUUAGAAAAGUCAAAUAUUGAAGUUUAUUAUAAAUAUUGGAAGAAAUUAUUACAAUUGACUGCUAUAGAUCUAAAUAAAAAUGACAAGAAGCUUAAAGAACUUGUUGAUAUUCCUCUACUUAGAUUGUUAUACAAUACUUUUAUGGAAUUGCCCUAUAAGGAUGUAGAUGUCAUAUUAUUUUUGAAUCAAAAUAUACUUAAUGAUAAGUCAUUGAAAAUAGUCUGUGAUUGCAAUCUCUCUGAUAUCAUAAAUCGAUUCGAUACUUAUAGUGAUAGUAAAAUAUUGGAUUCACUGAAUAUAAUUCAAAAUUCAAAGCAAUAUGCUGAUAAAUUACCAAUUAUAUCGGAUCCAUAUAAAUAUUUGAGAUACUUUUUUGAUAAUACCACUUCUGAAACGUUCUCAUUUGACUUGGCUACUUUCUUAUAUAACAAUAACACUAUGGAAGUUGCUGAUAUAUUAGCAUUACUUAUAACUGAAAUUAUUACAAGCGGUUCAUUGGAUAUUGUUCCAAAAGAUAAUAGUUGGUUAAUCCCUAGAACUAUUAAAGCAUCAAGAAUACUGAGUACUGAUUUUUCAAAGGUAAUUAGUUUCAUUUCACUAGGUCUAAAAGUAGAUUGGAAUAGAAUCUUCAAUCUAAUGUCAACAAAGUACCUAGAUAGAACAGCAACACCUCCAACAAUUUUUGCAUUGAAUUUCAUUCUAAAUCUAUUAGGUGAUGGUAAACUCAUUGAAAAGUUCUUAUAUCAUGAUUGGCAAAUUGAUUUUAAAUUUAAUAUUGUAUUCAAUUUACAGGAACUAUCCUCUCAUAAAGAUAGCUUUGACUUCUCAAAUUUGAAAAACAUUAUCAAGAUCCCAUUUGAUGAAGAUUCACAAAGAAAUCCACUUUUAAAUAUAAAUUCAAUCAACUGCAUAAAUGUCCAGCUUUACCUUAUUCAAAAAGAAAUUAAAGAUUCCAAGUUAAAAAAGAAUUAUUUCAUCAAAGUAAAGCAAGAUAUGAAUAUAUAUCCAGAAAUAUUUUCCUGGGUAAUCUGCUCAAAUAAAAAAUUCCUUGAAAACUCGAUUGAAAAUAUCAACGAAAAGGGGAAACUACACCUUGAUCUAUUGUACAAAUCUUUGAAAAAAGAAUCUGAUGCUUUAUCAUUAGUUUUGAAAGAUUCUAAUGAACCAGAAAUAAUAUCAUUAUUAGGAAAUAAAAUAAUAAGUAGUGACCCUACGCUGUUAAAUGUAUUUUUGAACAUACUUGAUAAACAUAAAUUAUUAUCACAAUAUUUAAUGGAAAUUAAUAUUGAUACAAUAUUUAAGGUUUUGGAGUACAGUGACAAUGAAAAUAUCGAUACAAUUUUUGACAUAUUAUUCAAUAUUAAUCAAAAUAGAAAAGAUGAAUUUUUUAACUAUAUCACCUCAAACUUGAAAAGUGGAAAGUAUGAAAAUAUCAAUCCUUAUAUUACUUACAGAUUACUAAAACUUUCUAAAAAUCGAGAACUCUCUAAGGAAGAAGACAAAUUUAACUCAAUUCGAUUUAGCAUCAUCGAAAAAUGUCCAUCUGCUAUUAUUUGUUCAAGUCAAUUUAAGAAUAACAAAUUAAAAAGUUUAGCAUCAGAAAAAUUGGAAGAUAUCGAACACAAAGUACAGCUGUCCUUCCAGUCUCUUUAUAAAGGAGAGAUAACAGUCGAUAGACUGGCUGAUUUUUUACUUACCUUAAAGGAAAGUGAUCAAAUAGAAGAUGAAUAUAAAUUUUCAUUAUACAUUCAAACAAUAUUCUCUGAAAGAUUAUACUUUAAACAAUACCCAACUCAAGCUCUCCAUAUAACAUCGGUAUUAUUUGGCUUAAUGAUAAAACUGAAUAUGUUGGAAGAUUUCCUAUUGGAUAUGGCGUUUAUCAUGUUAUUAGAAUAUGUAAAUGACAAUGAGCCUCAAUUAUUCCAGUUUUCGGUUAUGGCAAUUGAAGUAUUUGUUACCCAAUUGCAAUCAUAUCCUGGCUUCUGUAGCCAACUAAUGUCCAGCAACUCAUUUAUGAAUUCUAACUCAAGUGUCUCUCAGUAUAUUUCGAAAAUCUCAGAAAACAAGUCAAGUAAUAUGAAAACAUCUACAAAAGAUGCUAAUUCGAUUCCUGAACAUAUACAAAUACAUAAUUUUGGUGUUCCAAAUGAUCCUGAAUUAAUGAACCAAGUUAUACCUCCAAAUGCUACAAAGGAUAAAAUAUACUUUACAAUGAAUAACUUAACUGAAGAAAAUAUUGACAUUGAAAUAAAGAAAAUAGCAGUAGAAGUUAAUGAAAACUAUUUUAAAUGGUUUGCACAAUAUUUACUUUUUGAACGUGUAUUAAAAGAACCUAAUAACCAAAAAAUUUACUCUUUAAUAACUACUAAGAUAAAUACAGACAUUUUUGGAUAUAUGCAAUAUUUCACUUUGAAAUUAUUGCAUAAUUUGAUAUCGACAAAGGAUAUUGAGAAGAUAGACAAGAGUAUCCUUAAAAAUGCUUCAUUGUGGUUAGGUAAAAUAACACUAGGAAAUAAUAUUCCUCUCGAUAAUCCAAGAUUUUCUAUAUUUAGAAUUAUUUUGGAUGGAUAUACAAGUAAUAGGUUGGAAAUUGUUAUACCAUUUGUAACAAAAAUAAUGGCAAGCACUGCAGAUUCCAUUAUAUUUAAAUUUCCAAAUCCAUGGACCCUAAAGAUCCUUCAAUUACUAAAGGAAAUGCAUCAAAGAUCGGAAUUAUCACUAACCCUAAGCUUUGAAAUUGAAAUAUUAUUCAAAGCCUUGGGUUUAGACUUAGAGGAUAUUGGAAAUUCAGAAUAUUUGAUUGAACAUUGUAAACUAAAGGAGAGUUGUGAUAUUGAAAUGGGCGCAACUACUGUCAGUAAUAAGUUGAAUACGAAAAUGUCCAAUUUGGAUUUAAACAUUGAUAAUUUUAAUAAGGCUCAACAACAUAUUGUCGAUAAUAUGUCUUCAAUUAAGAUUAACACAUCAGGUCUCUCUCAAUUAACAUUGGAUAUUUCAUUGAAAAAUGUAUUUGAAAUGUCUAUUUUAAACUUCAGUGAUCCAAGGUCAUCGAAAAUUGUUCAACACAUGUCAGAAGCUGUUGUGUCUGCAACAAUGAAUAACUUGAGUAAUAUUUUGAAUUCAUCUACAGAAUAUAAUGAAAUCAUUAGAGUAGCAUUAAAAUUAUCAGAAUCCAUGUUUGAUGCUAAUAUUCGUGGAGAUAUUAGAGAUAUAAUAUAUUCUGAAAUAUGGGGCUUUCUACAGGGCAAUUUAGUCAAAACUAAGCUAAAUAUAUACUUUGACUUGCAAAAGGAAUUUCAACUUGCUAUGUCUCAAAACUAUUCAUUAAUAAUGGCAAUUUUUCGGAGGUCUGUCUUAGACUUAUCCAUAAUUGAAAUAAGGAACAAGAUUGAAAAUCAUCUAAACAUCAGCAGAUUAAAUGGUAUUUAUGGACAAGGUAAUUCAUUUAAUAGUACUUAUGGUAAAUCCUCUACGUCCAUUCAAUUGCCAAUUCCAAAUCUUUCAAAUAUUCCAAGAUUUCCAAAUAUGCCAGUGAUUCAAAAUAAUACAAAUUCCAUGCCGCCUGGCUUAGCCCCAUCAUUGAAUAACAAUAGUCAUCCAAUGCAAUUCACUUAUAAUGGAAGUCCUCAGUAUCCACCUGGACUACUAAUCUCACCUGCUCCAAUUAAUACUGAAAAAAUUGCAUCAGUACCAAAUCAGUUAAUUCAUAAUCAAGAUAUGCAUAUUUUGACAACUUCAAUCAAUUCAUUAGGAAUUUUUCUUGAAGCUUUGAAUGCCAAAAAUGGUGAACAAAUACCCGACCUGGAGAAUUCAAUUAAAAGUGUCAUGUUUCAUAUUUGUUCAUUUUUAAAAAUUAAUGAAGGGAAUAUUCAAUAUACUUUAGAAACAAUAAAAAGCAUAUUGAAUUUAUUAACAAGAUAUUUACAUAAUCGAGAAUCUCAAAAGAUUUUGUUUGGAUUUCUAAAAGAUGUUUCACUACAAAAUAGGUCACUAAGCUAUUUUGUAUUUAUAUGGUUUGACAAUGCUCAAUUUGAUUUCAAGAAUAAAUCUCAUAUAUUAAUUGAGCUAUUAAAUAGUAGCUUAAUUUCAAUACUUGAAAUUGAUCAAUAUCUUUCAAUGAAGAUUAAAUCAUGCAAGUUUGGGAUUAUUGAAAAUAUAUUUGUAUUGAUAGAGAAAAUAUGUCUAUCAAAUUCCACAUUCUCUUUCUACAGUGAUUUUUCAAAAACAAUCAGUUCUUUAAUAGUCAUUGAAGAUCCUAAAGUCAAGAAAUUUCUUGAAGAUUAUGAUAAUUUAUGUUCUACUUCUAAAAUAGUUAAAACUUUAACCAAAAAGGAGCUAAUGUGGACAAUAUUUAUUGAAUGGGUAAAUAUUACUGAAAAAGAAGAAUUUGAUAGUGAAAUUGCAAGUAUAUUUUUGAUGCAAUUAGUUCAAAAAAAUGUAUUAAAUACCAGUAAUAAUUUUAUUGAUUUUAUUAAAUACAGCAUGGAAUUGAGCAUAAUUACAUUUUCUAAAACCGGUAAUAAUGAUAAAGCAUUUUUAUUAAUUGAUGCCCUAUCCUACUUGAUAUUUCAAUUAUAUCAAUCGUUAGAUUAUGAUAAAUUUACCAGAGAAUCAUACCUAGAACUUGUAUUGACCACACUAAGUCUUCAGUUGGUCAAAGAUAUUAAUACUUUAAAUGAAAACUUUAAUGAAAGAUUAUAUUUCCGUCUUAUUUCAAAUAUUCUUUCUUUAUGGGGAAACAAUUACGAGACUACUACAUUUACAUCUGAUAAUAGAGAUACCGAAGUAAAAGAAAUCGAGAAAUUGGGAUACCUAAAGAUUAUUUAUUCCUUUAUUAAUUUGAUUCAGCCAUUAGCAUAUCCAGCGUUUGCAUUCUCUUAUCUCUCGUUGAUUUCUCAUAGAAUGUAUUUGUCUAGUUUAUUAUUAUAUCCGGAUCAUAAAUGCUGGGAUAUGGUAAAUGUCCAUUUACUAAGCAUCAUUGAUUUUUUAAAGCAUUCUUCAGAACAGAAACCUGUUAUGGAACUGUCGAAUGUAUAUUACUUCGGUUUAUUAAGAAUUUUGUUAAGCAUCAUCAAUGAUUGUCCGGAAUACAUAAUUGAAAACCACUCUGCUUUAAUAUCUAGAAUUCCAGAUAAGUUAAUUCAGAUAAAGAAUAUUAUAUCCUCAACAACGCCAAAGCAACUUGAUUAUGUUAGCCCUACAAGUGAAAUUGAUUUCACUACUGAAAUAAAUUCAUUUAGUGGUAUAUUAAUUAAAGAUAAGGAACUAUACACUAACCUGGUACUGAAGAAACAUGUUCGCAACUAUUUGAGGAUACCUACUAGUUCAUUAAUAAAGUCUAUUAAUAAGGAAUUACUGUCAAAGGUAUACAACGAACAUUCUGGUAUCGGCUAUAAGUGGUUCACAGUAGAUAUUUGCAGAGUAGGAGAAUUGGUGUUACAAAUUCUUGUUGAUAUUGGUAAAGAAAGUAAAAAUGUUUCUCUAAAAACUAUUUUUAGCAAAAAGGGAUCACACUUCCAAUUACUGAAGAACUUGAUUGAUACUAACAAUGAUGAAACACAGUACUUUAUUAUCAAGACAUUGUUUGACUAUUUGAGGUAUCCAAAUGUCCAAACAAACUGGGUUGUUUUCUUCUUAUUGAAAAUAUUUACUGAAGGUAAUGGGGAUGAAAAAUCAUUAAAAAUUCGAGAGAUGAUUAUUAGAUGUCUGAUCGAAAGAUUGAUAGUAUUCCCACCAUAUCCAUGGGGGUGCGUCGCUUUAUUGAAUCAAAUAUAUUUAGCAAAUAGUUCUUUGUUGCUACAAAUCCCAUCCUUGGAAAACAAUCUUAUAUUAAAGAAUAUGGUAAUCCAAAUCAUUUACAAAUUCACAAACCAAAUUUCUGAUAACUGA